AUGGAGCAGGAGGCCGUCGACGCCUACUACGCCGGCGCACACUACGCGCCCCCGUACGGCCCGCCCGUCGACGGCGGCGUCGAGUACAUGCCCCCCAUGUACCUCCCGCCGCCCCCGCACCCGCCCCCUAUACCUAUACAGCCCCAACCCCCGCAUCAGUCGACCCCCCAUCAGUUUAACGUUCACGCUAAAAACUUCGUAGUCCAGUCGCACAAUCAGAAUAAAUCGUACACUCCGCCGGAAAAGAGCCUGGAACAGAAGACGCCGCCGGCGACCGCGUCCGCCGUCGAAGCGUUGCCCAUCAAAGAUCUGACCCUCGGCAAGGGCCCGGGCAGCCCGAAACAGACGGAGCGACCGACAGAACAGAAACCUGCCGGUGACAAAGCUUCCCCCACGCCUAAAGUGGAAACCGUCAAGCCGGCUUGGGUAGCGAAUGAGAAGGCGCCCGAAGUCAAUCAGAUACCCGCUAAGGCGUUCCCUCCGAUGGCGCCGGCGAGCCAAGUUCCCGCCGCGAAUAAGAUGCCUCCGGUGAUUAAUAAAACUACUAAAGGCCCGGCUGCCCCAUUCUCGGGCGGCAAGCAACCGGCUAAGCCCCUGGUUCCACAAGCGGCCGUGCCCGUGCAACAGGCGGUGUCGACCCCUAAAGCGCCUUUUGGCAACAGACAGAAGAGGGAUAACGUGACUAACAGGUCACCGACGAGCGAGACCGCCGAAGUGCCGAGCCCAGCCGCGCCGGUCGAGCAUCCUAAACGCGAUCCGCCGCUGCCGCCGAGCAAGGCGCCUAUGCCCAUCUCGAUCACGCUACACUCGCAAGGGCCUCCCCUGAUCGUAACCAACAAAUCGCCUUUCGGCCACUCGAGGAAGUCCACGGCCGCGCCCGAGCCGCCCCCGGCGCCGCAGCCGCCCCCGCCGGCGCCCACCGCGUCCGACUUCCCUCCGCCGCCCACUCCCAGGAACCGUGGAGACAUCCCCCCGCCCGUGGUGCAGCCCCAACCGCAACCGGCUCCAGGGAAGUCCUGGGCGAGUCUGUUCUCGAGCAAGACUGCCGCGGCGGUCACUGUAACCGCUUCGCCUCCCGCACCUUUACCCGUCGAAGAGCCGCCGAGCCCGACCACAGUGAGCCCCCCGGCGACGGCCAGCAUCCAAAAACCAGUAGCCAAAGUGGGCCCUUUUGACGCGUCGCCUUCCCAAAUAACGGCUUCAGAUAAGAGCUCCCCGGUGCCUCGGCCGGCCGCCGCGCCUACGGCCAUCUCCUACUCUGAAAAAACUUCUGUCAACGCGAUCAGAGGCGACGCCAGCGCUGCCUGUGCAGCCCUCUCCCUUCGCUGA